UAAAAAUCGUUCGGGAAUUCAACUGAAUCAAGCAGUUCCUUCACAGAUUCGCAGUAUCAUCUUCCCUGAGAGACCCACUUCGUCUUCGCCGGCGAGGGUUCAAUAGCUCUCUGGCAUCUUCACGGUAACGGCGGACCUCCUCAAAAUUUGACCCAAUGGCUUUCACUUGUGUUAAGUGUUAUCCAUGGCCUCUCCCGCACGCUCCCCUCUCUUUUUCCUCUAAACCCAUCUCCAAUUCCUCCAUCUUCUUUUCUGCGUCAGUUUCUGAUCACCUCGCCUCCACUUCUUCGUCCAAUAGUGUUUCGUCUUCACCAAAUGUUCAUCAUCUUCCUCCUGAUUUCACUCCGAAGCAGCUUAUCGAGACCCUUCGUCGCCAGAGGGAUGAAGUGGCGGCCCUUCGCGUAUUCAAUUGGGCUUCGAAGCAGCCCAACUUCGUGCCUAGUUCGUCGUUCUACAAGGAGAUUCUUCGCAAGCUUGGAAAGGCAGGAUCGUUCGAGUACAUGAGGUGCGUCUUGGAGGAGAUGAAGCUCAUUGGCUGUGAGGUGGAUAGAGGUAUUUUCUUGAUUUUUGUUAAGAGUUAUGCAAAAUUUGAGCUGUAUGAUGAAGUUAUGGGUAUUGUUAAAGAAAUGGAGGAUGAAUAUAGGAUAAAACCAGAUACCUGUUUCUAUAAUGUGUUGUUGAAUGUUCUUGUGGAUGGCAGCAAGCUUAAACUUGUGGAAUCUGCGCAUUCUAGCAUGGUUAGAAGACGAAUUAGGCAUGAUAUUUCAACGUUUAAUAUUUUGAUAAAAGCCCUUUGCAAGGCUCAUCAGGGGUUCAUUGAAGAGGGAAAUUUGGAUGGUGCGCUGAGAAUUAAAGAACAUAUGGUAGAAUAUGGGUGCCUCUGUACUGAUAUCACUGUUAAUGUCUUGAUUAAUGGGUUCUGCAAACAGGGUAGAAUUGAUCAAGCCUUGAGUUUUAUUCAAGAAUCCGAAAAUGAAGGAUUUCGUCCCGACCAGUUUACGUAUAAUACUCUCGUGAAUGGUUUGUGCAAGGUGGGUCGUGCUAAGCACGCAAUGGAAGUCGUAGAUGCAAUGCUUUUAGGAGGCUUUGAUCCUGAUACAUAUACAUACAACUCUCUGAUUUCUGGACUGUGUAAGCUAGGUGAAAUUGAUGAGGCUGUUAAGAUUCUGGAUCAUAUGGUUUCAAGGGACUGCUCCCCAAAUGCUGUCACCUACAAUACUAUAAUUAGCGCAUUGUGUAAGACGAAACGAGUCGAAGAGGCCACGGAAAUAGCUCGUUUUCUCUCGAGAAAGGGAGUUUUACCAGAUGUUUGUACAUUCAAUUCUUUGAUACAGGGUCUCUGCUUGUCUAACAAUCACAGGAAUGCUAUGGAGCUUUUUGAGGAAAUGAAGGGUAAAGGAUCUCGACCCGACGAGCUUACGUACAAUAUGUUGAUUGACAGUCUUUGUUCGAGUGGGAAACCGGAGGAAGCUUUAAAACUGUUAAAAGAAAUGGAGUUGAGUGGCUGUGCACGUAACGUCGUUAUGUAUAACACAUUAAUUGAUGGGUUUUGUAAGAAGAAGAGGAUUGAAGAAGCAGAGGAGAUAUUUGAUGAGAUGGAGCUUCAAGGGAUUUCUAGGAAUUCAGUGACCUACAACACUCUUAUUGAUGGUCUUUGUAAAAGCAGGAGGAUGGCGGAUGCUGCUCAUUUAAUGGACCAAAUGAUAAUGGAGGGCUUGAAGCUUGAUAAAUUCACCUACAAUUCACUCCUCACUCACUUUUGCAAGACUGGGGACAUUCAAAAGGCAUCAGAUAUAGUUGAAACCAUGACCUCGAGUGGAUGCAAUCCCGACAUCGUCACAUACGGGACGCUUAGUAGUGGUCUCUGUAAGGCAGGAAGACUUCAGGUUGCGAGUCGGCUUCUUCGAUCAAUUCAGAUGAAAGGGAUGGUUCUUACACCACAGGCCUAUAAUCCUGUUAUCCAAGCAUUGUUCAAGCGGAACAGAACUCAUGAAGCCAUGAGACUUUUCAGAGAGAUGUUGGAGAAGGCUGAUCCUCCAGAUUCAUUAACGUAUAAGAUUGUUUAUCGUGGUCUCUGCAAUGGCGGAGGGCUGAUCGGGGAAGCCGUGGACUUCACGAUCGAGAUUAUAGAAAGAGGUAAUAUACCUGAAUUCUCAUCAUUUGUUAUGUUGGCUGAAGGUCUGUGUAGUUUAGCGAUGGAGGACACCCUUGUAAAGCUUGUGGAUAUGAUAAUGGAGGAAGCUAGAUUCUCAAAGAGUGAGAUUUCGAGGAUAAGGGGUUACCUUAAAAUCAGAAAAUUUCAUGAUGCAUUGUCCACUCUUGGAGGUAUCUUGGAGGACCUGUACCCCAUAAAACCUUGUCGUGGAAGAUCACGACAAUGAAGUGUUGUUAUUCGUCGAUAGAUAUUGUCAAUAUUGUCUUUUUUGGGUUUCUCUCAAUGUUUUAAAAUACGUCUACUAGGGAGAGAUUUCCACACCCUUACGGAGCCUAGUGGCACAAUGUCUAGCUUUAAACCAUUUGUAACUGUCCAAAUCCUAUUGUUUUUUUGGGUUUCCUUCACGAUUUUAAAACGUGUCUAACAAUGUCUAGCAGCCUCGUUGGCAACCGCCCAGUAUCUAGCUAUAUACAUUUGUAACCAUCUAAGCCCUAUUGUCCUAUUUUAGCUUUCCCUCGAGGUUUCCACAAUCUUAGGAGGCUCAGUACGCCUGGUAUCUAGCUCUAUAUCAUUUGUAACCGUCCAAGCUCACCGUUGUCAUUUUUGAGUCUUUUCUUCAAAGACUCUCCUUCAAGGUUUUAGAA